AUUUCUUCCAGUUCUUUUGUUUACUCCUUUCUCCUUUGUUUAAUUCCAUUGAUCUCACGUCAUGUCCGACAAACCAUUAACUCCAUCAACAUGCUCCAACUUUUCCUUCUUCAAAGAUAUGCUGAAGGAACUGCGUCGUGUGGAUGACAAUAUUAUUCUUCGUCUUAAUUCAACGGAUACUCAUUCUGAACAAGCUUGUGGUGACUUUUUCAAGCAAUUAGCCAGUGCCUAUCGUAAACGUGAAGAUGCAGUAGAUUAUUGUCUCAAGGUGAUGGAUGCCGAGAUUGAUCGCAAGACAAAUCUAUUGCAACAAGAUCCCGAUGAUUAUGAUACUCAAUCCAGUCUCUUUAGUGAUGAAACCAAGCGACGUAUGAUUGCCAAUGAAUUGGUGGUGGAAGGUAUUGUCCGUGAUCGUACCAUUCAAGUCUUUAAAUCGAAAUGUCGUGUCUUUGAUGUGUCCUCCCUUCAAACUAAACAAUAGAUAGAUAGAUCUUCCUUUUUAUAUACUCCUGUACAUUUUUAUAUCUUUUGAUUUUUUUUUUGUCAAUAAAAAAAAUAUAUAUAUUCUACGAU